AUUCUGAAAAAUAUUUUUAUUCAGGUUUUUGUUUUGUUCUCCGCUAAUUACUUGCUUCUUUCCACAUAAAUAUUCAAAAUGGCAGCAUCAGAGGAAGCACAAAAACCCGUUGUAGAUCAUGAGGCUGAAGGAAAUGACUGCAAACCAUCGACAUCAGGGGCGAAUGAAGAAGAACUGGAGAGAAUUGCUACUGAAGAGCUACUACGGGAGGCCAAGCGUGGAGCAGAGAGAGUCAGGGAGAUGGGUAUAUUUGGAUGGCAGAAGUCCCCUGUCCCACCGGUGAAUAAACGCUUUCUCAACAACACGUUGAGCAGUACGUUGCGACAUCCUUUCAAGAAAAAACGAGGGCGGAGUCGUAGUCCUAGGGAGAAUUCAAAUGGUCACCGACCAAGUUUUCCUGAUUGGGGAGAUGAUAGACGUAGGCGUACUCGAUUCGUUGAUAAAAAUGAUAUUGGUGAUGGUGAUCCCAGACAUGGCCCUGGCCCUGAGCAUCAUGCUCAAUCCAAAGACCUAGAAAAUAUCAGGCCGGAUAAUAAACAAAAUAGUUGGGACAGUCCCGAUAUGAAUAUCAGAAAACGGACACGAUCUCAUUCACCAUCAGUCAAUGGAAAACUCAGGAAAAAAUCUAAGUCAGACAAAAAACGAUCAAAAUCUAAUCGCCCUCACAGUCGUACUCGCAGCAAAAACAAAAGUGAUAAAAGCCGAAGUAAAAGACACAAGUCGUCAUCAAGAAAAAAGGAUAAGGACAAAGAUAAGGAUAAGGACAAAAGUAAGAAGUCGAAAUCAAAACACAAACAUGAAAGUAAACAUAAUGGUAAACAUGAGAAAAAGAGACACAGCCACAAGUCUAAACACAGGAAGGAUAAGAAGCACAAGAAAUGAACAAUAACAUUGCAUUAAUUUCUAACUUUCUGUGUCCUGUACUUGAUAUCCUGAGUAUAUUUCUGUUCUUGUGAUGAAAUCCGACCAUACAUUGCAUUCAUAAUUGAUAAACCAGGUAUACAUUGUACAUGUAUGCUGUUUAUCUUUUACACUCAGGAGUGGCAAGACUUGUUGAGGAUGUAUGAACAUAUCAAUGAAUCAUAGUGAUCAUUUGAAUGGAAUCUCUAUCUAGAUAAUGUCAGACAAGGCAAUAAACAUUUCAUACCAUCAUCAGGUUUCAAUGAUACUAGCUUGGUUGCACAGCAAUCGACUGCAUAUAAGAUGGGGGAAUUGGAUUAUCAGGGUCACAUGCCACUCGUACCUCUACCAGUCACUUUUAGAAUAAAUUGACUUUUGAAAAACAGCUCAAACUCAUGGCAAAAUGCAUAAAUUUUGAACAAAGAGGCCCAUGAUUUUCAUGUGAUACAUUUUUCACAGAGUCCAAAUCAAGUGAACUGAACUUUUCAAGGAUAAGGAAUCCGAUGAGCGCACAAUUUUUCAGCAUCAGCCUUGACAAUACCAAUGCCUCCAUUGUUUGUAGAAAAUAUCCCACCACAAAGGAGAUGUUGGCCGUCUUCUUUUAUCGAUAAAAUAGUAGUUUCUGUGAAAUGGAUCUAUAUGUUGAUGUAUCAUCAAGUAGAGCUACAAUGCACUGAUGUGUUUCAGUCUAGAACAUGUAGAAUAUGAGUUUUAUUCUAAUUUGAUCAUGUUAAAUUUUAUGUCGCUUCAAAACUUUGUUCCUUUGUGGCUUGUGACCCAUUUGUAAUGUGACUUGUGACGUGCUAACGUGACUUAUGUAAACUCAACCUUAGAAGGAGGGUCGAUUUUAUGUUGGCUUCUCUGAAUAUUCAGCAAGCAAGGUGUAUCACAUUGCUAAUUCCCUGAGUUCUAGAAGUCUUGUGAAAUAAAUGUUUUCUUGACUGAUAA